AACUAUGGAAAAAAUACUCUUUAUUUCUUUCUUUAUUUUUGUGAUUGGACUUGCAUUGUCAACAGAUUCUUCUAUAAGGGACUUUGAAAACUAUGACCAUAUUGAAGAGAUCUCUCAUGAUGAUCAGUCUCCACUAAUUACUACUGAAGAUUUCAAAAAUACUGAUGCUGUAGAAAUCAAUGAAAAGGAUGCAGCUGAUGUUACUAAAACAGAAAAGGAAGAAGCUGCCAAGUCAAAUGGAAUUGUUGCUAAAAUCUCUCCUGGUCUGAAAGCUUCUCUUAUCAUCACCAAUGACAUGGACACAAGUCCAAAUAGUGCUAGUGGUGUAAUAUACACAAGAUGGGGCAAGCUUCAUUGCAGGACUGGAGCUCAAAUGAUAUACUCUGGAUUGGUUGGUGGUGGUCAUUACAAUCAGAAAGGUAAUAUUGCACGAUAUCUUUGCCUUCCAAGGAAUCCCCAGUACCUAAGCACCGACGCACCUUUUGCUGCUUCAUACAUACAUGGAGCUGAAUACGAAACAGGCAACAAGGUCUUUGGAAAAACAACACAAGAUUAUAACGUGCCGUGUGCUGUCUGUCUUUCUCCGAAAAAAGGAACCAAGCUUGUCAUCCCUGCCCGUGUUUCAUGCCCAUCAGGCUGGACAGAAGAAUACUACGGCUACUACAUGUCAAGCUAUCAUGGACACAAUCUUAAUGUUAAUCCUGAAUGUGUUGAUCAUGUUCCUGAUGUCAUCAAUGGUAGUGAGGCUAACACAAAUGGUGUAUUGUUUUAUUUUAUGCAAGUCACUUGUGGAAGUGGUCUACCUUGUGGUCCAUACAUCACUGACAGAGCCAUCACUUGUGUUGUAUGCACAAAAUGAAUUAAUACUAGAUCUAGUUACUGAACAAUUAGUAGUUUGAACUUAGUGAACUUCCAGUCUUCCAUACUUGAAAUUUAGUUUUUGAUUUUCUAACCAUGCCAACGCA